AUGGCUGACAACACGAGUCUGACCUGCUGGCGCCUCUGCCCCCCCCAGCCCUACCGCCGCCCCCCCGACCCCCGUUCCCUCCGCCCCCCUGCCCCGUACCUGCAGCAACUGACCCUGCCCCACGCCCUGCCGCGCCUCUUUACCCACCACCACCGCCCGCUCCUCGACGCCCAUUGUCCGAGCCCGCUCCUGAACUCACAGAGGGCGCCGCUGACGAAAACACCCGUUGCCAGGCGACGCCCCGCGGCCCUCUCCCGUCCCGCAGCUCGAGCGCACGGGGGACGGUCCCGGGACCGACCCCGCUUCCGCCAGCCCGUGCCCAGGGAACCGGAGCUCCCCGGGAAGACAUCAAUAACCAGUAUGCUGCUUUCAGGUUCUGGACAACAGCUGAGACCAGCUGAGCCUCUAGGAGAUGGUGAUGCGGAUGCAGAGGAUGAAGAUUCUGUUAAUGAAGUGGCAGUAGAAGACAUCCGUCCAAGGCCACAAGGAUCCUCUCCAGUUUAUGAAUAUCCCAUAGAAGAAGAAUAUUUAAAGGCAAGACAAAUAAAUGAAAAAAAUCUUCAAGAAGAAAAAAAGAAGUAUUCUACAGAUAAAUCAAAACAGAGUCAUCCAGAGGAGACAAUGGAAGUGACCCUGAAAACAGAAGUGGAAGCUGGUGCUAGUGGUUUUAGUGUGAUAGGUGGAGAAAAUGAAGGAAUAUUUAUUAAAAAAGUACUGAAAGAGUCUCCUGCUUCAAAAAUAUUUAGCCUGAGAGAAGGUGAUCAGCUUCUAAGUGCUACGAUAUUUUUCGAUAAUAUCAAGUAUGAAGAUGCACUCAAGAUUCUCCAGUAUUCCGAGCCAUACAGAGUCCAAUUCAGCCUCAAAAGAAAAAUUGCUGGGAAAGAAGAGUUAGAACACACUCACUCUACAGCCCAGUACAAAAAGGAAAGAAGAAACCAGCAAAAAGAACUCAGUGACAGCAUUCCUGAAGAAACACUGCAUGUUUCAGGAAAAGACAUUUCAGAAGAAGACAGGGAAACAUUAAUUGUAAGCCAAAGGGUAGGAAGAAGCAAGAGACCUAAAAAAGAUAGAUUGUCAUGGCCAAAAUUCCAGUCAAUCAAAAGUAAAAAGAUACUGGGGCACAGGAGAUCUCAUAGUACGUCAGAUGCAUAUGAGUCUGGUAUACAGGAUAUUUCCCCUACAAGCACAGACACAGAGUCUCAAUUUCAACAAGAAGUCCACAUCAGAGAAAAAAAAGGAAGCCAAAAGAAACUGAAGUUCCCAAGCAUUGGAUUCAAAAUGCAGAGAUCCAAACCAGAACCUCAAGACAGGCCAAAAAAAGAAAUAAAAACUACGCUGUUAAAUGAAAGAGAGAAAAUACAUAAAGAAGAUAUCAGCCUGGAAAAUCCUGAAAUUGUAACUGUUGAAUAUACCACAUUGCCUGCUUACAAAACUAAAACAGCAGAGGUACAUGAAACUUUAACAAAAGACUUAAAUGAUAUGCAAAAUGGCAUUCCAUCUUAUGCAAAAAAGUGCCCUGAAGUAGAAAUAAGCAUUAAAAAAGACAAGGACUCAACAUCAAAAUUUACUGUACCUGAAGUAUCAGCUAUAACAACACAGAUAUCAAAGCCCAGUUUAGAAACACCUGAUCUGAAAGAAAGCCCAACUAAACAAGUACUAACAGCCUCCUCAAAAUCCCGAAAAAAGAAACAGAAAGUAAUAGCAGAUAAAACAGAAGAAGAAAUUGGAAUUAACAUAGACAUGAUGGGACACAGAGCACAAGAAUCUAUACAGGUAAAAGGUCUAGAAACAGCUGCUAGAGCAGAAUUACACACAACUGACACACUGGAAACAAAUGAAAAACAAGCAGAAGACACACAAAUAUUGACAAUUAAGCAACCAAAAUUUGAGAUUUCAAUGACCAAAUUAAAAGAAGCAGAGACUAAAAAGACCAAACUGGGAAGUGAUUUUCCACAUACAGUACCAGAAAGAACAGCUGAUAUGAGUUCAGAGGACAGCAGAAAUUUGGGAAUGAAAACUAACAUGCCUGAUGCAGAAUCAGAACUUUCUACUUGGAAAAUACAAAUGCCGUCAUUAAAAAUUAAAAAAACACCGAAAACUGACAGGAAAAUACCAAGAGAAGAAAGCACAACAGAACCAGCAGAUACUGUGCUGAAGGCACGGAUUGAAGAUGGAAUGCCAACAAGUGAUAAAACAUCGAAAAUGGACUUCAGCAUGAAAACAGGAGAAAAAGAUAUGGAUGGAAAAGACAGUAAAUUCAGACUGCCAAAAUUUAAAAUGCCUACAUUUACAUGGGCAACUGCAAAAGAUGAGAAAGAGCAAACAGAAUGUCAUGUAAGAGACAAUGAAGGAAAAUUAGUAACUGUAAAUGCAGGACCAAAACAAGAGGUGAGUGCAUCAGAAGAAGAAAUGACGGUUCCAAGUGCUGAAAAUGAAAUAACGAACUUAAAAGGAAAAACAAAAGAUGAUAAGGAUAUAAGACAAAGGCCAGAACUACAGGUGGCAACUCUAGAAAAUCAAGCUGUAAAAACCUCUUAUAUAAAGAAUCACAUUGAGGAGAAAGAAGAAGAUAUAAUGACUAAAAAAUCUGAUCUUCAAAUAAAAAAAGCUGAAUUAAGUAUAACAACACAGAAAUCAGUAGAAACAAAUAAGACUAAGUCAGCAAGCGUCAAAGCUCCCAAGGUGGACAUCAGCCUCCCAUCUGUCGACGUCACCCUUCCAAAGGCCAGCGUUGAGCUGCAGGCGCCCGAGGCAGCCCUCAGCCUCGAAGGAGAAGCCAAAGCCCCUGAGAAGGAGGCCGUGAAGACCAAGGACGGCAAGUUCAAGAUGCCCAAGUUCGGCAUGCCGUCCUUCGGCUGGUCCAGCAGCAGAGAGGCCAAGGGCACCGUGGCCGCUGACGUGGACGUCAGCCUCAAGGAGCCCCACGUGACGGUGCCCUCGGGAAGCGCCGAGGUCGACGUGAGCCUGCCCGCGGCCGAGAUCCAAGCGCCCGGUGUGGAGGUGACAGUCGAGACGGGCGCCGCAGGGGACGGUGAGAAAAGCCGAUUUAAGAUGCCCGACGUCAAGAUGCCCAGCGUCAAGCUGCCCAAAGUCAAAGCUCCCCACGUGCAGGUCAGCCUGCCAAAGGGCGAGGCCUCGCUUCCCAAGGCUCAGGCCGAUGUCCCGGAGGGUGAAGGCGCCGUGCAGGGUCCUGAUGCCGAAAGCGGCCUGGAGGUGGCUGCCGGCAAAGUUGAGAGCGGCGGCAUGAAAAUACACAUGCCGAAAGUCAAGGUGCCCAGCGUCGUCUUCUCCAAGCCGACCGUCAAGGCUCCCAAACUGGACGCAGACGUCUCACUGGACAAAGUCGACGUCAGCCUCCCGGAGGCUGGCCUCAAGGCUGGCGACAUCAGCGUCACGGCCACCGACAUCAGGCUACCCUCCGUGGAAGGCUCCGUUGAGCUCCAGGCGCCUGACAUAGACCUGAAAGCCCCCUCUGCCGAAGGCUCCCUAGACACGGCCGAGCUGGAAACCACGGGCCUGAAAGGGAAGUUAAAGAUGCCCAAGUUCGACAAGCCCAAAUUCGGAGUGUCGCCCCCCAAGGCGGAGGCGCUCGAAGGCCAGCUCAGCCUGCCCACCGCACAGGUCGACCUCCCGUCCGCCACAGUGACGGCCGCAGGGGAGGGCACCGCGCUGGGCCUCAAAGCAGACAUCCCCAGCGGCAAAAGCGAAGGGGCCGGCUGGAAGCUGGAGAAGCCCUCCCUCAAAAUGCCCAAAGCGGACAUCAAAGCUCCCAAGGCGGACAUCAGCCUCCCAUCUGUCGACGUCACCCUUCCAAAGGCCAGCGUUGAGCUGCAGGCGCCCGAGGCAGCCCUCAGCCUCGAAGGAGAAGCCAAAGCCCCAGAGAAGGAGGCCGUGAAGACCAAGGACGGCAAGUUCAAGAUGCCCAAGUUCGGCAUGCCGUCCUUCGGCUGGUCCAGCAGCAGAGAGGCCAAGGGCACCGUGGCCGCUGACGUGGACGUCAGCCUCAAGGAGCCCCACGUGACGGUGCCCUCGGGAAGCGCCGAAGUCGACGUGAGCCUGCCCGCGGCCGAGAUCCAAGCGCCCGGUGUGGAGGUGACAGUCGAGACGGGCGCCGCAGGGGACGGUGAGAAAGGCCGAUUUAAGAUGCCCGACGUCAAGAUGCCCAGCGUCAAGCUGCCCAAAGUCAAAGCUCCCCACGUGCAGGUCAGCCUGCCAAAGGGCGAGGCCUCGCUUCCCAAGGCUCAGGCCGAUGUCCCGGAGGGCGAAGGCGCCGUGCAGGGUCCUGAUGCCGAAAGCGGCCUGGAGGUGGCUGCCGGCAAAGUUGAGAGCGGCGGCAUGAAAAUACACAUGCCGAAAGUCAAGGUGCCCAGCGUCGUCUUCUCCAAGCCGACCGUCAAGGCUCCCAAACUGGACGCAGACGUCUCACUGGACAAAGUCGACGUCAGCCUCCCGGAGGCUGGCCUCAAGGCUGGCGACAUAAGCGUCACGGCCGCCGACAUCAGGCUGCCCUCCGUGGAAGGCUCCGUUGAGCUCCAGGCGCCUGACAUAGACCUGAAAGCCCCCUCUGCCGAAGGCUCCCUCGACGCGGCCGAGCUGGAAACCACGGGCCUGAAAGGGAAGUUAAAGAUGCCCAAGUUCGACAAGCCCAAAUUCGGAGUGUCGCCCCCCAAGGCGGAGGCGCUCGAAGGCCAGUUCAGCCUGCCCACCGCACAGGUCGACCUCCCGUCCGCCACAGUGACGGCCGCAGGGGAGGGCACCGCGCUGGGCCUCAAAGCCGACGUCCCCAGCGGCAAAAGCGAAGGGGCCGGCUGGAAGCUGGAGAAGCCCUCCCUCAAAAUGCCCAAAGCGGACAUCAAAGCUCCCAAGGCGGACAUCAGCCUCCCAUCUGUCGACGUCACCCUUCCAAAGGCCAGCGUUGAGCUGCAGGCGCCCGAGGCAGCCCUCAGCCUCGAAGGAGAAGCCAAAGCCCCAGAGAAGGAGGCCGUGAAGACCAAGGACGGCAAGUUCAAGAUGCCCAAGUUCGGCAUGCCGUCCUUCGGCUGGUCCAGCAGCAGAGAGGCCAAGGGCACCGUGGCCGCUGACGUGGACGUCAGCCUCAAGGAGCCCCACGUGACGGUGCCCUCGGGAAGCGCCGAGGUCGACGUGAGCCUGCCCGCGGCCGAGAUCCAAGCGCCCGGUGUGGAGGUGACAGUCGAGACGGGCGCCGCAGGGGACGGUGAGAAAGGCCGAUUUAAGAUGCCCGACGUCAAGAUGCCCAGCGUCAAGCUGCCCAAAGUCAAAGCUCCCCACGUGCAGGUCAGCCUGCCAAAGGGCGAGGCCUCGCUUCCCAAGGCUCAGGCCGAUGUCCCGGAGGGCGAAGGCGCCGUGCAGGGUCCUGAUGCCGAAAGCGGCCUGGAGGUGGCUGCCGGCAAAGUUGAGAGCGGCGGCAUGAAAAUACACAUGCCGAAAGUCAAGGUGCCCAGCGUCGUCUUCUCCAAGCCGACCGUCAAGGCUCCCAAACUGGACGCAGAUGUCUCACUGGACAAAGUCGACGUCAGCCUCCCGGAGGCUGGCCUCAAGGCUGGCGACAUCAGCGUCACGGCCGCCAACAUCAGGCUGCCCUCCGUGGAAGGCUCCGUUGAGCUCCAGGCGCCUGACAUAGACCUGAAAGCCCCCUCUGCCGAAGGCUCCCUCGACGCGGCCGAGCUGGAAACCACGGGCCUGAAAGGGAAGUUAAAGAUGCCCAAGUUCGACAAGCCCAAAUUCGGAGUGUCGCCCCCCAAGGCGGAGGCGCUCGAAGGCCAGCUCAGCCUGCCCACCGCACAGGUCGACCUCCCGUCCGCCACAGUGACGGCCGCAGGGGAGGGCACCGCGCUGGGCCUCAAAGCCGACAUCCCCAGCGGCAAAAGCGAAGGGGCCGGCUGGAAGCUGGAGAAGCCCUCCCUCAAAAUGCCCAAAGCGGACAUCAAAGCUCCCAAGGCGGACAUCAGCCUCCCAUCUGUCGACGUCACCCUUCCAAAGGCCAGCGUUGAGCUGCAGGCGCCCGAGGCAGCCCUCAGCCUCGAAGGAGAAGCCAAAGCCCCAGAGAAGGAGGCCGUGAAGACCAAGGACGGCAAGUUCAAGAUGCCCAAGUUCGGCAUGCCGUCCUUCGGCUGGUCCAGCAGCAGAGAGGCCAAGGGCACCGUGGCCGCUGACGUGGACGUCAGCCUCAAGGAGCCCCACGUGACGGUGCCCUCGGGAAGCGCCGAGGUCGACGUGAGCCUGCCCGCGGCCGAGAUCCAAGCGCCCGGUGUGGAGGUGACAGUCGAGACGGGCGCCGCAGGGGACGGUGAGAAAGGCCGAUUUAAGAUGCCCGACGUCAAGAUGCCCAGCGUCAAGCUGCCCAAAGUCAAAGCUCCCCACGUGCAGGUCAGCCUGCCAAAGGGCGAGGCCUCGCUUCCCAAGGCUCAGGCCGAUGUCCCGGAGGGUGAAGGCGCCGUGCAGGGUCCUGAUGCCGAAAGCGGCCUGGAGGUGGCUGCCGGCAAAGUUGAGAGCGGCGGCAUGAAAAUACACAUGCCGAAAGUCAAGGUGCCCAGCGUCGUCUUCUCCAAGCCGACCGUCAAGGCUCCCAAACUGGACGCAGAUGUCUCACUGGACAAAGUCGACGUCAGCCUCCCGGAGGCUGGCCUCAAGGCUGGCGACAUCAGCGUCACGGCCGCCGACAUCAGGCUGCCCUCCGUGGAAGGCUCCGUUGAGCUCCAGGCGCCUGACAUAGACCUGAAAGCCCCCUCUGCCGAAGGCUCCCUCGACGCGGCCGAGCUGGAAACCACGGGCCUGAAAGGGAAGUUAAAGAUGCCCAAGUUCGACAAGCCCAAAUUCGGAGUGUCGCCCCCCAAGGUGGAGGCGCUCGAAGGCCAGCUCAGCCUGCCCACCGCACAGGUCGACCUCCCGUCCGCCACAGUGACGGCCGCAGGGGAGGGCACCGCGCUGGGCCUCAAAGCCGACGUCCCCAGCGGCAAAAGCGAAGGGGCCGGCUGGAAGCUGGAGAAGCCCUCCCUCAAAAUGCCCAAAGCGGACAUCAAAGCUCCCAAGGCGGACAUCAGCCUCCCAUCUGUCGACGUCACCCUUCCAAAGGCCAGCGUUGAGCUGCAGGCGCCCGAGGCAGCCCUCAGCCUCGAAGGAGAAGCCAAAGCCCCAGAGAAGGAGGCCGUGAAGACCAAGGACGGCAAGUUCAAGAUGCCCAAGUUCGGCAUGCCGUCCUUCGGCUGGUCCAGCAGCAGAGAGGCCAAGGGCACCGUGGCCGCUGACGUGGACGUCAGCCUCAAGGAGCCCCACGUGACGGUGCCCUCGGGAAGCGCCGAGGUCGACGUGAGCCUGCCCGCGGCCGAGAUCCAAGCGCCCGGUGUGGAGGUGACAGUCGAGACGGGCGCCGCAGGGGACGGUGAGAAAGGCCGAUUUAAGAUGCCCGACGUCAAGAUGCCCAGCGUCAAGCUGCCCAAAGUCAAAGCUCCCCACGUGCAGGUCAGCCUGCCAAAGGGCGAGGCCUCGCUUCCCAAGGCUCAGGCCGAUGUCCCGGAGGGCGAAGGCGCCGUGCAGGGUCCUGAUGCCGAAAGCGGCCUGGAGGCGGCUGCCGGCAAAGUUGAGAGCGGCGGCAUGAAAAUACACAUGCCGAAAGUCAAGGUGCCCAGCGUCGUCUUCUCCAAGCCGACCGUCAAGGCUCCCAAACUGGACGCAGACGUCUCACUGGACAAAGUCGACGUCAGCCUCCCGGAGGCUGGCCUCAAGGCUGGCGACAUAAGCGUCACGGCCGCCAACAUCAGGCUGCCCUCCGUGGAAGGCUCCGUUGAGCUCCAGGCGCCUGACAUAGACCUGAAAGCCCCCUCUGCCGAAGGCUCCCUAGACACGGCCGAGCUGGAAACCACGGGCCUGAAAGGGAAGUUAAAGAUGCCCAAGUUCGACAAGCCCAAAUUCGGAGUGUCGCCCCCCAAGGCGGAGGCGCUCGAAGGCCAGCUCAGCCUGCCCACCGCACAGGUCGACCUCCCGUCCGCCACAGUGACGGCCGCAGGGGAGGGCACCGCGCUGGGCCUCAAAGCCGACAUCCCCAGCGGCAAAAGCGAAGGGGCCGGCUGGAAGCUGGAGAAGCCCUCCCUCAAAAUGCCCAAAGCGGACAUCAAAGCUCCCAAGGCGGACAUCAGCCUCCCAUCUGUCGACGUCACCCUUCCAAAGGCCAGCGUUGAGCUGCAGGCGCCCGAGGCAGCCCUCAGCCUCGAAGGAGAAGCCAAAGCCCCAGAGAAGGAGGCCGUGAAGACCAAGGACGGCAAGUUCAAGAUGCCCAAGUUCGGCAUGCCGUCCUUCGGCUGGUCCAGCAGCAGAGAGGCCAAGGGCACCGUGGCCGCUGACGUGGACGUCAGCCUCAAGGAGCCCCACGUGACGGUGCCCUCGGGAAGCGCCGAGGUCGACGUGAGCCUGCCCGCGGCCGAGAUCCAAGCGCCCGGUGUGGAGGUGACAGUCGAGACGGGCGCCGCAGGGGACGGUGAGAAAGGCCGAUUUAAGAUGCCCGACGUCAAGAUGCCCAGCGUCAAGCUGCCCAAAGUCAAAGCUCCCCACGUGCAGGUCAGCCUGCCAAAGGGCGAGGCCUCGCUUCCCAAGGCUCAGGCCGAUGUCCCGGAGGGCGAAGGCGCCGUGCAGGGUCCUGAUGCCGAAAGCGGCCUGGAGGUGGCUGCCGGCAAAGUUGAGAGCGGCGGCAUGAAAAUACACAUGCCGAAAGUCAAGGUGCCCAGCGUCGUCUUCUCCAAGCCGACCGUCAAGGCUCCCAAACUGGACGCAGAUGUCUCACUGGACAAAGUCGACGUCAGCCUCCCGGAGGCUGGCCUCAAGGCUGGCGACAUCAGCGUCACGGCCGCCAACAUCAGGCUGCCCUCCGUGGAAGGCUCCGUUGAGCUCCAGGCGCCUGACAUAGACCUGAAAGCCCCCUCUGCCGAAGGCUCCCUCGACGCGGCCAAGCUGGAAACCACGGGCCUGAAAGGGAAGUUAAAGAUGCCCAAGUUCGACAAGCCCAAAUUCGGAGUGUCGCCCCCCAAGGCGGAGGCGCUCGAAGGCCAGCUCAGCCUGCCCACCGCACAGGUCGACCUCCCGUCCGCCACAGUGACGGCCGCAGGGGAGGGCACCGCGCUGGGCCUCAAAGCCGACGUCCCCAGCGGCAAAAGCGAAGGGGCCGGCUGGAAGCUGGAGAAGCCCUCCCUCAAAAUGCCCAAAGCGGACAUCAAAGCUCCCAAGGCGGACAUCAGCCUCCCAUCUGUCGACGUCACCCUUCCAAAGGCCAGCGUUGAGCUGCAGGCGCCCGAGGCAGCCCUCAGCCUCGAAGGAGAAGCCAAAGCCCCAGAGAAGGAGGCCGUGAAGACCAAGGACGGCAAGUUCAAGAUGCCCAAGUUCGGCAUGCCGUCCUUCGGCUGGUCCAGCAGCAGAGAGGCCAAGGGCACCGUGGCCGCUGACGUGGACGUCAGCCUCAAGGAGCCCCACGUGACGGUGCCCUCGGGAAGCGCCGAGGUCGACGUGAGCCUGCCCGCGGCCGAGAUCCAAGCGCCCGGUGUGGAGGUGACAGUCGAGACGGGCGCCGCAGGGGACGGUGAGAAAGGCCGAUUUAAGAUGCCCGACGUCAAGAUGCCCAGCGUCAAGCUGCCCAAAGUCAAAGCUCCCCACGUGCAGGUCAGCCUGCCAAAGGGCGAGGCCUCGCUUCCCAAGGCUCAGGCCGAUGUCCCGGAGGGCGAAGGCGCCGUGCAGGGUCCUGAUGCCGAAAGCGGCCUGGAGGUGGCUGCCGGCAAAGUUGAGAGCGGCGGCAUGAAAAUACACAUGCCGAAAGUCAAGGUGCCCAGCGUCGUCUUCUCCAAGCCGACCGUCAAGGCUCCCAAACUGGACGCAGACGUCUCACUGGACAAAGUCGACGUCAGCCUCCCGGAGGCUGGCCUCAAGGCUGGCGACAUAAGCGUCACGGCCGCCAACAUCAGGCUGCCCUCCGUGGAAGGCUCCGUUGAGCUCCAGGCGCCUGACAUAGACCUGAAAGCCCCCUCUGCCGAAGGCUCCCUCGACGCGGCCGAGCUGGAAACCACGGGCCUGAAAGGGAAGUUAAAGAUGCCCAAGUUCGACAAGCCCAAAUUCGGAGUGUCGCCCCCCAAGGCGGAGGCGCUCGAAGGCCAGUUCAGCCUGCCCACCGCACAGGUCGACCUCCCGUCCGCCACAGUGACGGCCGCAGGGGAGGGCACCGCGCUGGGCCUCAAAGCCGACGUCCCCAGCGGCAAAAGCGAAGGGGCCGGCUGGAAGCUGGAGAAGCCCUCCCUCAAAAUGCCCAAAGCGGACAUCAAAGCUCCCAAGGCGGACAUCAGCCUCCCAUCUGUCGACGUCACCCUUCCAAAGGCCAGCGUUGAGCUGCAGGCGCCCGAGGCAGCCCUCAGCCUCGAAGGAGAAGCCAAAGCCCCAGAGAAGGAGGCCGUGAAGACCAAGGACGGCAAGUUCAAGAUGCCCAAGUUCGGCAUGCCGUCCUUCGGCUGGUCCAGCAGCAGAGAGGCCAAGGGCACCGUGGCCGCUGACGUGGACGUCAGCCUCAAGGAGCCCCACGUGACGGUGCCCUCGGGAAGCGCCGAGGUCGACGUGAGCCUGCCCGCGGCCGAGAUCCAAGCGCCCGGUGUGGAGGUGACAGUCGAGACGGGCGCCGCAGGGGACGGUGAGAAAGGCCGAUUUAAGAUGCCCGACGUCAAGAUGCCCAGCGUCAAGCUGCCCAAAGUCAAAGCUCCCCACGUGCAGGUCAGCCUGCCAAAGGGCGAGGCCUCGCUUCCCAAGGCUCAGGCCGAUGUCCCGGAGGGCGAAGGCGCCGUGCAGGGUCCUGAUGCCGAAAGCGGCCUGGAGGUGGCUGCCGGCAAAGUUGAGAGCGGCGGCAUGAAAAUACACAUGCCGAAAGUCAAGUUGCCCAGCGUCGUCUUCUCCAAGCCGACCGUCAAGGCUCCCAAACUGGACGCAGACGUCUCACUGGACAAAGUCGACGUCAGCCUCCCGGAGGCUGGCCUCAAGGCUGGCGACAUCAGCGUCACGGCCGCCGACAUCAGGCUGCCCUCCGUGGAAGGCUCCGUUGAGCUCCAGGCGCCUGACAUAGACCUGAAAGCCCCCUCUGCCGAAGGCUCCCUCGACGCGGCCGAGCUGGAAACCACGGGCCUGAAAGGGAAGUUAAAGAUGCCCAAGUUCGACAAGCCCAAAUUCGGAGUGUCGCCCCCCAAGGCGGAGGCGCUCGAAGGCCAGCUCAGCCUGCCCACCGCACAGGUCGACCUCCCGUCCGCCACAGUGACGGCCGCAGGGGAGGGCACCGCGCUGGGCCUCAAAGCCGACAUCCCCAGCGGCAAAAGCGAAGGGGCCGGCUGGAAGCUGGAGAAGCCCUCCCUCAAAAUGCCCAAAGCGGACAUCAAAGCUCCCAAGGCGGACAUCAGCCUCCCAUCUGUCGACGUCACCCUUCCAAAGGCCAGCGUUGAGCUGCAGGCGCCCGAGGCAGCCCUCAGCCUCGAAGGAGAAGCCAAAGCCCCAGAGAAGGAGGCCGUGAAGACCAAGGACGGCAAGUUCAAGAUGCCCAAGUUCGGCAUGCCGUCCUUCGGCUGGUCCAGCAGCAGAGAGGCCAAGGGCACCGUGGCCGCUGACGUGGACGUCAGCCUCAAGGAGCCCCACGUGACGGUGCCCUCGGGAAGCGCCGAGGUCGACGUGAGCCUGCCCGCGGCCGAGAUCCAAGCGCCCGGUGUGGAGGUGACAGUCGAGACGGGCGCCGCAGGGGACGGUGAGAAAGGCCGAUUUAAGAUGCCCGACGUCAAGAUGCCCAGCGUCAAGCUGCCCAAAGUCAAAGCUCCCCACGUGCAGGUCAGCCUGCCAAAGGGCGAGGCCUCGCUUCCCAAGGCUCAGGCCGAUGUCCCGGAGGGCGAAGGCGCCGUGCAGGGUCCUGAUGCCGAAAGCGGCCUGGAGGCGGCUGCCGGCAAAGUUGAGAGCGGCGGCAUGAAAAUACACAUGCCGAAAGUCAAGGUGCCCAGCGUCGUCUUCUCCAAGCCGACCGUCAAGGCUCCCAAACUGGACGCAGACGUCUCACUGGACAAAGUCGACGUCAGCCUCCCGGAGGCUGGCCUCAAGGCUGGCGACAUCAGCGUCACGGCCGCCAACAUCAGGCUGCCCUCCGUGGAAGGCUCCGUUGAGCUCCAGGCGCCUGACAUAGACCUGAAAGCCCCCUCUGCCGAAGGCUCCCUAGACACGGCCGAGCUGGAAACCACGGGCCUGAAAGGGAAGUUAAAGAUGCCCAAGUUCGACAAGCCCAAAUUCGGAGUGUCGCCCCCCAAGGCGGAGGCGCUCGAAGGCCAGCUCAGCCUGCCCACCGCACAGGUCGACCUCCCGUCCGCCACAGUGACGGCCGCAGGGGAGGGCACCGCGCUGGGCCUCAAAGCUGACAUCCCCAGCGGCAAAAGCGAAGGGGCCGGCUGGAAGCUGGAGAAGCCCUCCCUCAAAAUGCCCAAAGCGGACAUCAAAGCUCCCAAGGCGGACAUCAGCCUCCCAUCUGUCGACGUCACCCUUCCAAAGGCCAGCGUUGAGCUGCAGGCGCCCGAGGCAGCCCUCAGCCUCGAAGGAGAAGCCAAAGCCCCAGAGAAGGAGGCCGUGAAGACCAAGGACGGCAAGUUCAAGAUGCCCAAGUUCGGCAUUCCGUCCUUCGGCUGGUCCAGCAGCAGAGAGGCCAAGGGCACCGUGGCCGCUGACGUGGACGUCAGCCUCAAGGAGCCCCACGUGACGGUGCCCUCAGGAAGCGCCGAAGUCGACGUGAGCCUGCCCGCGGCCGAGAUCCAAGCGCCCGGUGUGGAGGUGACAGUCGAGACGGGCGCCGCAGGGGACGGUGAGAAAGGCCGAUUUAAGAUGCCCGACGUCAAGAUGCCCAGCGUCAAGCUGCCCAAAGUCAAAGCUCCCCACGUGCAGGUCAGCCUGCCAAAGGGCGAGGCCUCGCUUCCCAAGGCUCAGGCCGAUGUCCCGGAGGGCGAAGGCGCCGUGCAGGGUCCUGAUGCCGAAAGCGGCCUGGAGGUGGCUGCCGGCAAAGUUGAGAGCGGCGGCAUGAAAAUACACAUGCCGAAAGUCAAGGUGCCCAGCGUCGUCUUCUCCAAGCCGACCGUCAAGGCUCCCAAACUGGACGCAGACGUCUCACUGGACAAAGUCGACGUCAGCCUCCCGGAGGCUGGCCUCAAGGCUGGCGACAUAAGCGUCACGGCCGCCGACAUCAGGCUGCCCUCCGUGGAAGGCUCCGUUGAGCUCCAGGCGCCUGACAUAGACCUGAAAGCCCCCUCUGCCGAAGGCUCCCUCGACGCGGCCGAGCUGGAAACCACGGGCCUGAAAGGGAAGUUAAAGAUGCCCAAGUUCGACAAGCCCAAAUUCGGAGUGUCGCCCCCCAAGGCGGAGGCGCUCGAAGGCCAGUUCAGCCUGCCCACCGCACAGGUCGACCUCCCGUCCGCCACAGUGACGGCCGCAGGGGAGGGCACCGCGCUGGGCCUCAAAGCCGACGUCCCCAGCGGCAAAAGCGAAGGGGCCGGCUGGAAGCUGGAGAAGCCCUCCCUCAAAAUGCCCAAAGCGGACAUCAAAGCUCCCAAGGCGGACAUCAGCCUCCCAUCUGUCGACGUCACCCUUCCAAAGGCCAGCGUUGAGCUGCAGGCGCCCGAGGCAGCCCUCAGCCUCGAAGGAGAAGCCAAAGCCCCAGAGAAGGAGGCCGUGAAGACCAAGGACGGCAAGUUCAAGAUGCCCAAGUUCGGCAUGCCGUCCUUCGGCUGGUCCAGCAGCAGAGAGGCCAAGGGCACCGUGGCCGCUGACGUGGACGUCAGCCUCAAGGAGCCCCACGUGACGGUGCCCUCGGGAAGCGCCGAGGUCGACGUGAGCCUGCCCGCGGCCGAGAUCCAAGCGCCCGGUGUGGAGGUGACAGUCGAGACGGGCGCCGCAGGGGACGGUGAGAAAGGCCGAUUUAAGAUGCCCGACGCCAAGAUGCCCAGCGUCAAGCUGCCCAAAGUCAAAGCUCCCCACGUGCAGGUCAGCCUGCCAAAGGGCGAGGCCUCGCUUCCCAAGGCUCAGGCCGAUGUCCCGGAGGGCGAAGGCGCCGUGCAGGGUCCUGAUGCCGAAAGCGGCCUGGAGGUGGCUGCCGGCAAAGUUGAGAGCGGCGGCAUGAAAAUACACAUGCCGAAAGUCAAGGUGCCCAGCGUCGUCUUCUCCAAGCCGACCGUCAAGGCUCCCAAACUGGACGCAGACGUCUCACUGGACAAAGUCGACGUCAGCCUCCCGGAGGCUGGCCUCAAGGCUGGCGACAUCAGCGUCACGGCCACCGACAUCAGGCUGCCCUCCGUGGAAGGCUCCGUUGAGCUCCAGGCGCCUGACAUAGACCUGAAAGCCCCCUCUGCCGAAGGCUCCCUAGACACGGCCGAGCUGGAAACCACGGGCCUGAAAGGGAAGUUAAAGAUGCCCAAGUUCGACAAGCCCAAAUUCGGAGUGUCGCCCCCCAAGGCGGAGGCGCUCGAAGGCCAGCUCAGCCUGCCCACCGCACAGGUCGACCUCCCGUCCGCCACAGUGACGGCCGCAGGGGAGGGCACCGCGCUGGGCCUCAAAGCCGACAUCCCCAGCGGCAAAAGCGAAGGGGCCGGCUGGAAGCUGGAGAAGCCCUCCCUCAAAAUGCCCAAAGCGGACAUCAAAGCUCCCAAGGCGGACAUCAGCCUCCCAUCUGUCGACGUCACCCUUCCAAAGGCCAGCGUUGAGCUGCAGGCGCCCGAGGCAGCCCUCAGCCUCGAAGGAGAAGCCAAAGCCCCAGAGAAGGAGGCCGUGAAGACCAAGGACGGCAAGUUCAAGAUGCCCAAGUUCGGCAUGCCGUCCUUCGGCUGGUCCAGCAGCAGAGAGGCCAAGGGCACCGUGGCCGCUGACAUGGACGUCAGCCUCAAGGAGCCCCACGUGACGGUGCCCUCGGGAAGCGCCGAGGUCGACGUGAGCCUGCCCGCGGCCGAGAUCCAAGCGCCCGGUGUGGAGGUGACAGUCGAGACGGGCGCCGCAGGGGACGGUGAGAAAGGCCGAUUUAAGAUGCCCGACGUCAAGAUGCCCAGCGUCAAGCUGCCCAAAGUCAAAGCUCCCCACGUGCAGGUCAGCCUGCCAAAGGGCGAGGCCUCACUUCCCAAGGCUCAGGCCGAUGCCCCGGAGGGCGAAGGCACUGUGCAGGGUCCUGAUGCCGAAAGCGGCCUGGAGGUGGCUUCCAGCAAAGUUUCUCUUUAUUAUUCUGUAACAGAGCAUACUCCUGCUGUUAUUUCAGGUAGGGUUGGAGCUGAUGUUCCUACUGUUAAUAAGGGAGUUAUUUGCUCUAAAAAUACAAUGUUACGAAUUCCUGUCUUGUGUUUCUCCAAAGUUGAUAUUGGUUCUUCCAAAUAUGAGCAGGAUUCCCCAUUACCAAAAUGUGAUAUUACUCUUACCAAAUAUCAAAUGAAUCUAGUAGAAUCUGAGUCCAAAAUGUCAUCUCUUGCUGAUGAGAAUAUUUCAGUAACAGAUUUUGAAUUUUUAAGUGAAAAUGCUUCUUUGGAGCAAGGAACUCUGAAGCCAGGAUGUAAACUACCAUCUGCUGAAAUACCUGUAGAUGACACAGAGUUUACAGUUAAAAUUCCUAAAUUCCAAAGACCAAAAUUUGGAUUUUCUUUGUCCGUGGGAAAACCAUCAGUAAGUGACAUUGGUUCCAAAGAGGAAUCUGAAAUUUCCAGGGAAAGCACAACAUCUGAUAUGGCUGAUAUUGACAAACUAACUCAGAUCUGUGAUGCUGAGUUUGGCGUAAAGAUGCACAAGCCUUCACCUGAAAUUGUUCUAGAUGCACCCAGGUUGGAUGUCUGUCUCCCAUCAAUGGAAGUUAGCAUGCCAAAACUAGAAGUGGAAAUCGAUGGCCCAGAUUUAGAAUGCAAGGCAGAACAGGAAGUAUUUUCAGGAGAGAUGGACACUGGGGAGAAAGAAAACAAAGUUAAAAAGUCAAAAUUCAAACUCCCGUCGUUUAGUUGGUCACCAAAGAAAGAAGGUAUUGCUCCUUCUGAAGUGGAAGGACAUCUGCAAGAACCAGCUUUGUCUACUCUGUCUCAAGACACAGAAUCUGAAUUAAUAUUUCUUACCCCUGAGAAUCAAAACCUUCAUGUAGAAUUUGACACAUCAAUAGAAAAAGAUGGUGGAAAGGGCAGAAUCAAGAAGUCUCAGUUUACCAUGCCAAAGAUCUCAUUCCCUAAAAUGAAAGGUCAGAAAGUCCAGGUAUCUCUGCCUGUACUGGAAACUGACACUUGCGGUCCCAAACAAGAGAAAAAAGGUGUUUCAGUACAGGAAUCUGAGAAAGGAAGUAGUGUAGAAGGGGCAGAACUGGACAUAAAAAUGACAAAAAUUACAGUCCCAACUUCAGAAUUUUCCAAAGCAGAAAUCAGAGCUCCCAAAAUAGAGAUGGGUAUGCCUACAGGUGAGGUCAUACUUCCUACAUGUGAAGAAAAUGACCUGACAUUGAAAUCUGCCGCUGCUAAUGCCAGCCUCUCCCCCUCGGAUAUUAAGAUGACAACUGAAGGCUCCCUUGAGGUGAAGAGUCUUGACACAAGUGUUGAAAGAACAUCAAGUGAAAUUGCUAUGGGUGAUGUAGAAAUAAAAAUGGAAGGUGCUGAAGGGAGAACAAAAAUGUCUAAAUUCCAAAUGCCAAAAUUUGGAAUUACAGAUUCUAAAGGGAAAGGGUCAGAAAAGGAGGUCAGAAAAUCCAAAUCAGAAGUCAAGGUUCCUCAACUAAAACCAAUGGUAGAAAUAGCUGACAUUGCUGUUGAAGCACCAAAAUGGGAGGUGGAAUGUGGUACAGGAACAGAAACUUACAGCCCUAAAGUCAAAAUGACCAAAGCUGACAAUAGGGCAUCAGAGGCUGACAUUUCUAUUCCAAAACCAGACACUGGUAUUGAGGAUUCAGAUGCAGUACUAAAAACUAAAGGGGAAAGAAAGCAGGAUGGAGAUGGAGAAGGAGGACAUUUCAAAAUGCCAAAAUUCAAACUUCCAUCCUUUAGUUGGUCACCAAAGAAAGAAACAAGUGUUAAACUGGAUUCUGGAGUGAAUUUGGAAGAUCAUAAACUUGCUGCAAUGUCAAGCAAAAUAGACACAGAAGUGAGAGAAACUGCAACUGAUGACCAAGGUAGUGGGCCAGACCUUGAUCUGGAAAUAUCUGCAGGAAAAACUGAACAGAAAAAUCCAAGUAAAAAGCCUCAAUUUGUCAUGCCUAAAAUUUCACUCUCCAAGAUCAAGGUUCCCAAACCUCAUACUCGUUCACCAAAAGUUGAAGCUGACACUACUAUUCUUGAAACAGAGAGAGAGGGUGAUGAUUCAAUACAGACACCUGAUAUAGAAAGAAGCGAUUUUGAAAGAACACAAGAAGGGACACAAAUAGGCAUAAAACCAUCUGAUGUUAAGAUCUCCACUCUGGACUUUUCAAAAAUAGAAACUGGAGCCUCCCAAACUGAAAUGAGAGUCAGCUCAGCAAAGAUCGGUGCUGCUCUGCCUCUUUCAGAGGGGAGUUUUCAACAACUUGUCUUAAAAUCAAGUUCUACCAAUGAAGAUACCAUUCAGAAAACAGGUAUUAAGUUCCCUAAAGAAGAAACUCCAAUAGAACCGAGGAGCCCUGAAAUAAUAACAGAAAAGUCAUUAGUUGUGGAUGGAAGAAAGAUUAAUUUGGAAGGUGCUGAAGGGAAGAUUAAAAUGCCCAAAUUUCAGAAGCCAAAAUUUGGAAUUUCCCUAACAAAAGGGAAAGGCCCAGAGACAGAAAUCAACUCUCCAAAAAUAGAAGCUGAGGUACCCCAGCUAAAAAUGACAAAGGAAACUGCUGACAUUGAUGUGGGAGUUCCAGUAUCAGAACUUACAUCUAAUAUGUCAGAUCCUGGAGUAGGUGUUUGUAAGAUAAAAACACCUCAAAUUCUGACAGCUGGCAUCAAAGCACCAAAGGUAGAUGUAAGCCUCCAGUCAGUGUCUAAACCAAUGACAGAGGGAGCUGUUGAGAGCCUUGAGGAGAAAUAUAUCAAAUUAAAAGAAGAAUAUGAUAUAAAAGCUGAAGAAGGUCAGACUGAAGAACAUCAGGGAUGGUUUAAAAUGCCGAAAUUCAGAAUACCUGCAUUUGGCAGGACAUCCUUAAAGGAAAAAAAAGGUGAUGCUUAUAUCGAAAGAUGUAUGGAAGAAGCUCAGGCAGUCAUUCCCUCUGCUGAAGUACAAACUGAAAUGAGUAUUCCUGAAAAUCCAUUCGCAUUACCACAUGCAGUCACUGAAAUGACUAUUGGAAAAGAAGGGAUUCCAAAAUUAGGAGAUUCUGUGAAGAGUUCUGAUGUUAGCUUGGCAAAGAUGGAAGGAGAUAUUUUGUUGUCCACAGAAAGAGUAGAUAGCACAGUGAAUAUUCCAAAAACUGAAACUUAUGCAGAUAUAGUUAAGCACAGUGCUGAAGGACAAAAAAAGUAUACUUCAGAACUCACAGUAUCUCCAGCAGAAUUUGAUAAAGAUAACAGUUUAACAGAUAGGUUUUCUACGUGUACUCUGACUCUUCAAGGGCAUAAAAUCAAAUCACAGGAUAUAGAAGUCCCAAAGGCAGAAAGUUCCUCUAAGUUAGAGACUUCAGGAACAGGAUGUAUACCAUCAUCAGCUGAAAACACUCUGGAUGCAAUGCAGGAGAAAAUAGAUGUUAGUCUUCCAAAGGAAGAGCUAGUUAUUCAAAAUCAAGAGGCAGUAAUUAAACGAGGAAAGAUAAAGGGUGAGAUGAAAAUUACAGGAAAAGACAGUGAAGGAAGCCAAUUGAAAAGGCCUGUGAGUGAGUGGUCUACAGCAAAGGGAUCAGAAGAUGGUGCUUAUGUUACAGCUAAGCUGGAAGAUCUAAUGGUAGAAGUUCCAGUAGUGAAGAUGGACGUUAAAUUUGCUAAAGUAGAUCCUGAAAUGAAAUUUCAAGUGGAAAGUGUUGAAAAGGACAUGUCUGCAGGAGGGCAAGUGCAAGUAGAAAAUAGAGCAGAAACAAGUAAAAUUAAAACAUACAAGUUUAAGAUUCCAAAGUUUGGAGUGUUGCAUUCAGAAGUCGAGGGUUUUGAAGAUGAUAUCAAUUUGCCAAAGUCAGAAGCUGAUUCAGUAUCUAAAGCUGAAAUAGGCGCAGCAGAGAUGCAGUUUCAAAAAUUAGAAAAAUCUAUUGGCCUGAAACGUCCAUCUCUAGAGCAUAUGGAAGCAUCUGCCAGAAUAACAGCAGACGAAUCACAAGAUGACCCAGAAGUAAAUACAAAAAUUCCCAAGCUAAAAAUACCAAGGUUUACUUUCAAAGCUCUUCCAAUUGAAGCUGAUGUUUCAGUGUCAAAAGUGGUAACAGAUCCAAAGGGAUCUAGUACUGACAUUGAAGUAGUGCAACUGCAAGAAAGCUCUGAUAUCCCCAAAGAAACACCAGUGGCUCUAGAGGGUAGUGUUCUAAAAGCAAAAAGCAAAAUUCUAACACUAACUGAACCUGACAUUAAAACAGCACAGAUGACUACUACCAUAGGGUCCUCCCUUCCAAACACAGGGCAAGACAUUCACUGGUCAUAUGUAGAGGGCCAAGAAGCGAGUGAGAAAGUAGAACCUGAACAUGUUGCUAUUGAAAGAUGUGAGAUUUAUACUACUGAAAUAGUGAAAGAAUCAGAGAUUCUCUCAUCAGAAGUCAAAACUCCUGCUUUGGGAUUCUCAUUGCUCAAGGUGAAGUUGCCUGAAUCACAUAGCAACUUAGAAGUGCUAGUCCAGCAGCCAUCUCCAACAGAGGGUGUGUCAGUGAACACAUCUAAAUAUGCUGAUGAAAGUUUUGGAGGAGCAGCACGGAGGACUGACAGUGCUGAGCUUAAACUAUCUGACAAUCUACACAGUGAGAUUGAAGAAUCUAUUGGAGAAGUAAGUUUGCCAAAGUUAAAAACAUCUGCUGUUGAAGUAAAGCCUUCCAGUAAACUUGAAGAGAGUCUUCCUGGUCAAUCACUGCAGGGAAUAACUGCAGAUCCUCUCUCUAAAGAUGAGAAUGUAGCUGAAGCACUAAAAGGUGAAGAAAAAGACAUAACCAAUGGAAAAGAAAAGACUGAUAGUAAAAGAUCUCCUGGAAGAUUCAAAUUUUGGCUUCCAAGUAUUGGCUUUUCAUCUUCUGGUGAUGAAACUAGCACAGAUUCAAAAACAGAAGUAAAAAAGUUAGUUCCAGAAGAAGUGAAACCUGCUGACACAUCAGGUCAUGAUUCUUCUAAGCAAACUGAAAAAACUGGAUGGUUUAGAUUUCCCAAGCUUGGUUUCACAUCUCCUUCCAAAAAGGCUAAAACUGUUGACAAAGAAGAGAUGGGUCAUGGAGAGGGAAGAAUCUCAGAUGAAGAUAGCCCAUCAGAUAAACCUGAUGUAUUUUUUGAUGCACAAGAAAGCUUAUCACCUAAAGAUACAACAGAGGAUGAAACAGUUGAAGCUGAUGUGCUCUCAUCUAAUGUUCCAGUUUCUGGAACUAUCGUGACAUCUUCAGCAAGAACUGAACUAAUCUUGUUGGAAGAAGAAAAAGAUAGUCAAUCUAAUAUUCCUGGAGAUAAAACCAAAUGAAAAUUAUCUUUUCUCAAUUCUCAAUGAAAAUAAAAUAAUCUACAUGUACAGACAAGAAUGUUUUCUUAAUUUUUUAGUAACUGAAAAUUAAACAAAACCUAAAACUUAUUCAUGAUUAUGUUUAGAUUAUAGAUUACUUCCAAAAUGGAAUAUAACCUAGUACUAUGAGAAGUACACUUACAUGUUUAGAUUUUGGACCUUUCUGACCUACUUUUUCUUUCUUAUUAAAAUAUUUUUCUUUAUUUCAGCUAAGGUAAUAUAUAUAUAUAUAUCCCAUGAACAUUUUAAAAUGCAAAAUGAAAACAAAAUACUAGUGUAGAGAGACUAACUCUUUACCUCUUCCUCUCUUCUCAUUUUUUCAUUAUUGUGGUGGGUCAUAUUUAGCCUUAAAAGAAUUUUAAAAGAAAACCAGAAUAAAUUCAAGACCAAAAACCAUGUAACUAACUCACAUUUUUAAGAUACCAAAAAAAAAACCCAAACAACAUUCUGACAAAGAAUAAUUAUUGAAAUGUGAAUAAAUAAAUUUUUAUGUAUAUAUUUACUGAAUACUUAAAUACACAGAAUGAUCUGCCACAGUGGUGGAAUUGCUUCAAAGAUUUUUCUGGGACAGGAGAUGUAUAUAAUAAUUUGCUUCUCUGUUUAUAUUAGUGCUUCUCUCAAGUUCACAACAAAAAACAAAGUGCAUAUGUGACAGCCUUCAUGUGUAUCAUUAAAACACUGUAUUCUUAAUUCACAAUAAACUCACCAUAUGAAUAAUAA